AUGACGCGAAAGGCUGUCUACUCAACCGGUCUGCUGCUGACCCUCGUCAGCACCGUAAUGACCAUAGCCAGCAUUGCGACGCCGCGAUGGGUCAGCCUGAGCUCGCAUCAUGAGCGCAAAUUUUCCAUGGGCCUCCACAAGUACUACUCGGGCGUCACCGAUACCUACACCUCCUUCCCACGGGAAUCCGAUUGUGUCAAAGACCGCAGCUUCUGCGACAUGUGGCGCACUGUUGGCUUCCUCCUCUCCUUUGACGUCGUCGUCGAACUGUGCACGCUUGUCGCCUUUGUCGUCAUAAUCGCCGGCGGCGUACAACGCAGGACCGCAGGCUGGAAAAUCGUCAGCGGUCUCCUCUUCUUCGCCGGCUUCGUGCAAUGCGUUGGCAUGGCUCUUGUGGCCUACCUCUUCAACAACGACGACCGAUUCUUCGACGGCUGGUACCUAGAUUCCUCGUGGACCCUGUGCACCGCCUCCUGGUCCAUCCUCGUCCUGUCCGGCUUCGCCAUGACCGCCUCCGCGUUAUACCUUGCCCCCGAGGGCGACUACGAGCUCAUCCCCGAUGAAAACCUCGAGGUCGUUCAAGACGAACAGUAG